AUGUCUCCAAACUCGAACAUUUGUCAACGGUCUGAUCUCACACAACGUGUUUCAAAAGAAAAAAAAACUUAUUCAUGCAUUACUUACCCUGAUGAUCCACUUAAAUACAGUAUAGCUGAUUCAAAACGAUUGUCAAACGUAGAUGAUCGAGGUUUUGGUAUAAUUAAAGAGCUUGGAAAAUCUUAUAAUAUUCGUAUAGAACAAACUGGUACACAAGAAUCCAUGGAAAGGUAUGCUCAGUUAUUUGAAAAAGCAAUGCAAUCUAAAAUGCACGAAGAAGUUCCUUCUGAUUGUGAAGAUUGGAGAGCAACUCAAGAAAAAACAAAUCAAUUAAAAUCUUUCACAACACCACUCACAACCACUUCAAAAUCGAGAAAGUGA